AGAUGUAUACGUUCAUGGUUCUCUGGGACUCAUGCUGAGCGAAGUACUAUGACAGAAUAUUUGGACCCUACUAUUGGGGAGGAAUUUUAUGAUGCCCAAGUAAAUUUCUCAAGGACUAGUGUAGUAGAUACCAAUGAUGCUACUGCUGAUAGUUUCAGUAAUGGAGCUAAAUAUAUCUGUACAAGUAAAAGUUGCAGUGUGCUCCCAGAAACCAUUAAGGUCAGUGCAAUUUCAAGUAGGGCGUCUACAACUAAUGGACCUUGUAAGAGAAGAAAAACUAUCAGUGACAGACUGGACAACAUUCCUGAUGAUUCUUGCAGUGAGCAGACUCCCUACUCAUCUACGUUGGAGGAUGACAUAGUUGAAGCUACGAAAUACAAGGAUAUUUUAAUUUUGUUUCGGUUUAAUGAUCGUGAUCUCCCAUUUAAAUUAAAGGACACUAUUAUGUCUGAUUUGCGGUUACUUACAUUGUUGGAGUGUGGGCUUCCAUCAUGGGUCAUCUUCCUACAGUCCUAUCCUGGGCUUUGCCAUAUCUAUCGUCCGUGGAUGUGCCCCUUAGCAAGAUUCUUAUAUGUUCUUAUUUCUGUCAUUACUGUUCUAAUAGGAUUUUAUGAUCUGUACAAAAAUGUACCUCUCAUCAAAUCAGCAGCUUCUCAUGUGUUUGGACCUUUUUUUGAUUGGAUAGAAACAUGGGAAAUGAUAUCAAGAAUUAGAUACUUGGGGACAAUGUUGUUUCUCCACAAUUUUGAGAAGGCCUUUAAGUGGUUUCUCUCAAUGACGCGUACUGUUCAGUCUUUUCUAUCAAUUCUCACACAACCAUUUACAGGACCAUUUUCUGAGUUUUUGGAAUUCUUCCUUCCGUUUUGGAACUUGUGUGAUCAAGCGGCGGAUAGUUUAUUUUCAAUGAUAUGGUUAGUUUUGGAGAGUUUGUUGAAUCUCGUAGGAAACAUUAUCGAGGUCCUACUAUUUCCAGUGUGGUGUAUCCUAUCAGUUUUUGGGACUGUCAGGACAUGCUUAUUGUACCCUAUUCGCUUGGUCAUGGGGUGCUAUAGUCUUAGUGCCGGUGUAUGCUCUUUCAUGCAUGAAGUGAUUGUAGACUUAUGGAUGUUUUCAAGUAGUAUUCUCAGACUCACUUCAGAGGUUGAGUCCACGGUGACCUCAGCUGAGGUUUCCGCAUGGCGUUCCCUUUGGAAUGACCUUUUCUCCCAGGUUGGUUAGCUUCUUGCCAUUAUUAUGAAUACCUUUUGGCACACUCUCAUUGGCACAUCUAGUAUUGCAUUCCAACUUUACUUGGUGAGCAGAUUUUUCGUGCUCUUCGAAGCAUUCUCAAUGGUCUUGUUGCCUUCCUCAUGGCCUGCAACCGGCAUCGCUUAAGCAUUUAUAAUCAUACAAAAGAGUUAAUUAAAAAAUUAUCUCAAUCCAGUGAGACAAGCCAGCUGACAGUUUACAGUGGACAUGUAUCAACAACACAAACGUUGGAAGAUAAGCAUGUUCAGUAUCAGCACCUAAGAGAAAGUUUAGAGUCACAGAAGUUAUUGUAAAAAACAGCAACAAUCUUUAGAGCAGGGGCGAUCCAGAAAUCCAAAUUGGACUAUGCUGAAGAUUUGUUAUACCACACUUAAACAUUACUGAGGUAGGCUAAAUAUUAAAAAUGAAAAAUAUUACUCUAAAAGAUUUUGCAAAAACUAACUCAUCCUAUGCUUCAACCAACCAUAGCAUUAAAGUAAAACCUCGCCUGCUUUAGAGUAUACUGAUGGUCAUAGCCAUAGCCAGGCCAGCAAGUUAGGUACUAGCCGUGAGUUCCCACAAUUGUUGAAGUCCACAACAGUGAAACCUUUUUCACAAACAUUGGCUGCUCACUUUGACAACAUUCCAACUUUUUUGUUUCUUAUUUUAGUUUGCAUAUAUUGGUUAUUGUAGUUGGACAGAAGGUCUGGAACAUAUGUAAAUGAUGUACAUAUAUUGCCUUGACUAUUUGUAAUUUGUAAAUGAUAGUCAUUUUUUUGGGGUUAGCUACUUCAUAAGUGACUAAUUUGGUCAAUAUACACAUGUGUAUUCACUGCCCUAAAAAACAAG